AACAAAUACCAUUAAGCAAUACAAAUUAUCACUGCCUGCGUGUACGAAAUCGAUCCGAGACAGAUUCGACACAAUUCAAAAAUGGGAAUUUGCUCUUUCGACGGCUUAAUCUACGUAUGUGGUGGAUAUGACGGUGCUUCUUGUUUAAGCUCGAUGGAAAGGUUCGAUCCAUUAACUGGAAUUUGGUGCAGUUGUCCAGCGAUGAACACAAGAAGGAGAUACUGUAGAAAUGCUGUUGUAGAUAGCAGCAUAUACGCUAUUGGGGGAUUUGAUUCCACGAACUAUCAAGCUUCAGUCGAAAGGUUUGACCCAAGAGAGGGAACUUGGAACCCAGUACCUUCCAUGUCGUCCCGAAGAAGUAGUUGUGGAGUAGCAGCAUUGAAUGGGCACUUGUAUUGCAUAGGCGGAAACGACGGAACGAUGUGUAUGGCAAGUGGAGAACGAUUCAACAUUAGGCGCAAUGCAUGGGAACCCAUAACCUCAAUGCAUCAUAGAAGAUCAACCCACGAAGUUGUAGCCAUCCACAAUUACAUCUACGCCCUUGGUGGUAACGAUGGCUCAUCCAGUUUGAACGUAGUGGAGCAGUACGACCCGAAAACGAAUAAAUGGGUGGUGGUAACUUCUAUGGCCACAAGACGAAGUUCAGUGGGAGCAGCGGUGCUGGAAUGUAUCAACAUCGAACAUGUAUUAAGGCAGACGCGCAAAUCCAGUUGAUCCCAUUUCACUUUAUGAAACUAAAAAGUUGAGUGCGGUCCCACUGAAUGACGCAGAUAUUAGUUUACUCCAAAAAGAUGGAAAUAUUUUAUGAAUAUUUUUAUAUAAACAAGUAAAGCUUUCAUACAAUGUAGUAGGGAGCUAAACUUGGAUUACCGUAUUGAUAUAUGUCAGAAAUGUAGCAUCCAUGCACUAUGAAUUCGAGAAAAGCGAUUUAGGGCUAACGCAUACCGGACGACAAGCAUAGUAUUUGAAAGGAGUUUUCUCCCGGUAACGAGAAAAACUUCUUACAUUAUCUUGAGCAUUCGUCGACCCUAUAAAUGGUUAGCUGUUGGG